CUAUAAAUUGGCAUAGCAAGUAGUACAAGCCAAACAAAGAAAAUAAGCACAGGGAUUUUAUUCUCCUACAAAAACUUUGUGCUUUCUUGUUAUUACUGAAGGACAUAGAGACAACAGAGCAUGGCGACACCAAAAACGGCACUUUCAGCGUUAUUGAAGACCAGAAUUGAAGGUAGUGGGAGCGAGACUAUAGUGUUUUGUCAUGGCUAUGGAACGGACCAAUCCAUUUGGGACAAAGUGGUUCCCAUAUUAGCUCAAAAUUACCGUGUUGUUGUCUUUGAUUGGCCAUUUGCUGGAUCAGUAAAAGAUCAGAAGCUUUACGACCCUCUAAAGUACUCUUCCUUUGAAGCUUUUGGUGAUGAUUUGAUCACUCUACUGACUGAAAUUGGCAUCAAAUCUGCCACUUUCGUUGGCCAUUCCAUGUCCGGCAUGAUCGGUUGCAUUGCCUCUCUCAAAAGGCCUGACCUCUUUAAGCGCCUUGUUCUUGUUUGUGCUUCCCCAAGGUUUCUAAAUUCAGAUGAUUUCGAGGGAGGGUUUAAGAACUCAGAUGUGGAGCAAUUAAUCUCGGCGAUGGAGAACAACUAUGAAGAGUUUGCUUCUCAUUUCGCGUCGAUGAUAGCAGAUGCAGCUAACAGUGAUAAUGUUGCGACCGUGGAAAAGUACAAGAAAGGCUUAAUCAAAAUGGGAGCUGAAGUGGCGCUGCCAUUAGCCAAGACUGUGUUCUACAGUGAUUACAGAGAAUUACUUGACAAAGUUGAAACUCCAUGCACAAUCAUACAGACCACUAAUGACAAGGCUGUUCCUCGCAGCGUAGCACUCUACAUGCAGAACAAGAUCAAAGGGGAAGCCACUUUGGAGAUCAUACACACUGAUGGCCAUUUUCCUCAGCUUACUUCUCACCUUAAGUUUAUUGAGGUUCAAAAGCGUUGCCCAAGUUCUGGAGACUUUAGGGCAGUUUUUUAGAACAUGGGUAGCUCCCACAGAGAAGUCUCCAUCUUCUGUGUGCACCCAACCUAUUCUAUCUUUGCCAUACUCUUCUAAUGAUGUUGGUGUUGCAAUGAUGUUAAGAACAAUGUCUUUAGAUAAGCAAUUGUUAAGUUUGAGUCUAUCCUAAUUUUUCAUUUGAAUUGUCCAUUUCCACACAGAACUUUUCAUGUUUGAGAUGGCUUUGGUUGUCCUGUUCAACAGACUUUUUUGUUCUCCACCCAAUGGUUGAGCCAGAAAUUGGUGUUCAAUCCGUCUCCAAUGUGGUGUAUGGUAUUUUAUAACAAUAAAGGCCAGAGUCUGACCAGUUUUUUCUACAGAGGCGAGUCUGUAUUUUUUGCUAUAAUCCAUAUGACGGAGGAAAAAUGUCGGUAAAGAUU